GCCAGAGCGAGAGGCAGCACCCUUGUCAGGGAAAAGAGUCGGCAGCGCGGAGAGGGGGAAAAAAACAGCACAGACAAAGGAAAACAUGGAUAUAUCGGUGAACUGCCAGGUUAAAGAGAAGCCGGAGAGGAUGCUGUGGUCGUCUUGCACAUAGCGGGGUAAAAUACAACCAUCUUUUUUAAUGUGGUGGUGGUGGGAGGAAACGUACUGCAAGCUAAAAAGACGGAAAACUGUUUUUAAUCCGUCUGCGGAUUCUGUGAGCUUGCGAUGGCUCGUAUAGGGAUCUGUAACAGCAUAAAGAAGAAUGUGCCUAUUUCUUUCUAUUUGGUAUUUUUAUUAUUCGGUGGCCUUGCAUCUGCACAAAUACGGUACUCCAUUCCCGAGGAGCGAGAAGACGGCACGAUCGUUGGAGAUAUUGUGCAGGAUUUGAGUCUCGAUCUCCGAACACUCGCCUCACGACGGAUUAAAAUAACCUCCGACAGCGCAAAGCGGUAUUUCAGUGUUAAUCACAAAACUGGAAAACUGGUGGUCAAUGACAGAAUAGACAGAGAGACGCUUUGCGAGUUUAGUAGCACAUGCCUUUUGAAUCUGGAAGUGGUGGCUGAAAAUCCUUUUGAAGUACAUAAUGUGGAAGUAGAAAUACUGGAUGCGAAUGACAAUGCGCCGCAGUUCCCAAGAGAGGAAUACCAACUGGACAUUUCAGAAUCGACCUUACCCGGGGCUCGUUUCCCCGUCGAAGGCGCGCAAGAUCCGGAUGAUGGCACCAAUUCCGUUCGGCAGUACCGACUCAGCCCAAACGAACUAUUUGCGCUGGACUCCAAAAAAACCUCCCCAAACAGCAAGCUGCCCGAGCUUGUGCUUAAAAAGGCUCUGGAUCGCGAGCAGAUCCCGUUCCAUCAGCUCAUUCUGACCGCCAUAGACGGAGGCGCUCCUCCACAAACUGGCACGGCUAAAAUAAACGUGCGUGUUUUGGAUGCAAAUGACAACGUCCCCCUGUUUGACAGCUCAGUGUACAAAGUGAAACUGUUAGAAAACUCGCCAAAGGACACUCUUGUGAUCAAGUUGAACGCAACAGACGCGGACGAGGGCACCAACGGAGAGGUCAUCUACUCGUUCAGCAGCUACACCCCGGAGAGGGUCAGGCAGGUGUUCAGCAUGGACCCCAACACCGGGGAGAUCCGGGUGAGGAGCCAGGUGGACUACGAGGAGACCAGCUCCUACGAGAUGUACGUCCAGGCCAUGGACAAGGGCGCCGCGGCGGUGGCCGUGCACUGCAAGGUGGUGGUGGAAGUCAUGGACGUGAACGACAACGUCCCGGAGAUCGUGCUGUCCUCCCUGUCCAGCCCGGUGCGGGAGGACGCGCGGGCCGACACGGUGGUGGCGCUGAUCAGCGUGACGGACCGCGACUCCGGCCCCAACAAGCAGGUGAGCCUGGAGAUCCCGCCGGGCCUGCCCUUCAAGGUCAAGUCCUUCCGCAACUACUACACCCUGGUGACCUCCGCCUUCCUGGACCGGGAGGACAUCGCCGCCUACAACGUCACCCUCAGCGCCACCGACACCGGCACGCCGCCCCUCUCCUCCAAGAAGACCAUCCAGAUAGACGUGGCGGACGUGAACGACAACCCCCCGCGCUUCGAGCAGACGUCGUACACCGUGUACGUGGUGGAGAACAACACGCCGGGGGCCUCGCUCUGCACCGUGCGAGCACAGGACUCCGACAUCAACGAGAACGCCCGCAUUACCUACACCGUCCUCAACGACAACAACCACGGCAUCCCCGUCACCUCCUACGUGUCGGUGCGGGCGGACACGGGCGAGGCCUACGCCCUGCGCGCCUUCGACUACGAGACGCUGCGCGAGUUCCACUUCCAGGUCAAAGCCCAAGACGGCGGCAUCCCCCCCCUCAGCCGCGUGGCCACCGUGUACAUCUACGUGCUGGACCAGAACGACCACGCCCCCGAGAUCGCCUACCCUCCCGCCAACGGCUCCCGCCCGUCCGAGACGGUGCUGAAGAACGUGGAGGCGGGCCACCUGGUGAUGAAGAUCUCGGCGUACGACGCCGACGCGGGUCAGAACGCCUGGCUGCUCUACAGCCUGGAGCAGGCCACCGACCCCGACCUGUUCAAGGUGCACGAGCACACGGGCGAGAUCCGCACCACCCGCAAGAUCGUGGAGGACAACUCCACCUUCUUCAGCCUGACCGUGCUGGUGCGGGACAGCGGCCAGCCCUCGCUCUCCUCCACCGCCACCGUCAACGUGGCCGUCAUGGAGGUGCCGCCCAAGAUGACGCCCGACCCCAAGAAGAUCAUCAAGCCGCACCGGACGCUGAUCUUCUCCAACGUCACGCUCUACCUGAUCGUGGCGCUCAGCGCCACCACGUUCGUGUUCCUGCUGACGGUGGUGGUGCUGGCCAUCGUGCGCUGCCACGCCUACUGCACGCAGUCGGGCUCCUGCUGCCCCUGCUGCACGUCCCAGAAGGCCCCGCCGCAGCCGGGCCAGGGGGCCGGCGGGGCCGGGGGCGCCAGCGGGCAGCAGCCCAACAACAACGUGGUGCUGCGGCGGGACCUGAAGGUGGAGCCGCACUACAUCGAGGUGCGCGGCAACGGCUCGCUCACCAAGACGUACUGCUACAAGACCUGCCUGACCGCCACGUCCGGCAGCGACACCUUCAUGUUCUACAACACGGGCUGCCCGCCCGGGGGCACCAUGGGCUCCGAGCGCUUCUUCACGGGGCAGAGCGGCCAGAUGUUCGUGCGGCGGCUCAGCAUGCCGGACGCGGCUCUGCAGCCCAAGCCCCCAAAUGCAGAUUGGCGGUACUCGGCCUCCCUGAGAGCUGGAAUGCAGAGCUCGGUGCACAUGGAGGAGUCCUCAGUGAUGCAGGGCGCUCAGGGGGUCCUGGUGCAGAACUGGCCCACAGUCUCCAGCGCCGCCGACGCUGAGGGCGGCGAGGUGUCGCCCCCUGUAGGCGCGGGGGUGAACAGUAACAGCUGGCACUUCCGCUACGGUCCCGGCCCCGGCCCCCCGCAGCACCUGAAGCCGGGCGAGGUGCCGGAGGCCUUCAUCAUCCCCGGCUCGCCCGCCAUCAUCUCCAUCCGCCAGGGCGCCGGCGACGGCGACGACAAGGGAGACUUCAUCUCCUUCGGCAAGAAGGAGGAGAAGAAGAAGAAGAAGAAGAAGAAGGGAAAGGAGAAGAAGGAGAAGGGGAAGGAUGACGGAGAGGAGUAGGGAGGGGCGCGUAAAACAGAGCUACCAACUAAAGACCAAACGGCAGAGCAAAAAAAAACGAAACAAAAGAGAACAAAGAGAGAGAAACAAACGUAAAGAGAGAGAGAAUAAUCAAAUAAGAUGCUAAACACGUAAAUGCAGGGAGAGCACCCUUCAUUGGUAACCCAGGGCAACAGCGUUCAAUUCCAAAUACUUCCAGAAAUAUCUGCCACAAAAUGGCUGCCGGUCACAGAAGGCUUGCCUCUCUACCAGGAGGGCUUCCUCUUGAUGCUCCACAUUAAGAUGUUGCCCCUCCUAUACCCCCUGCCCCCUCCCCUAAAACCCCACCGCUGACCCAGAGAGGCUCGCCUUCCGGCCUGACGUUGGCACCUCUGUCUCUCUCCUCCCGCUCACUUUCUUCCUGUCCGCACAGGAAGCGCUCACAUUUGGCAAAGAGCUGCACGCUUGCCUCGGUGUUUCACAUCAAUCAAAACAUAAAAUAUAAAAAAUAUAAAAUAUAAAAAAAAGUGACUAAUUUGCUAAGGAGACGGAAGCAGGACACAUGCAGCAUUUGUAAAUAAAGCAGGAAUGAAUCGAAUCGCAGCGCAGGAACGAAUCGAAUCGCAGCGCAGGAAUGAAUCGAAUCGCAGCGCGUGAACGAAUCGAAUCGCAGCGCGUGAACGAAUCGCAGCGCGGGAACGAAUCGAAUGGCAGCGCAGGCCCGACCUACGAGAAGGCCGCAGCCAUGCACACUUUUUUUAAUAUACGUUCUGAGAGGGUGGUGACGCACGGCAGUCUGCACAAGAACCACUGUGCCUGACACACCGAGGCACCGCCCCUCCACCGCGCCGGUGUCCGAAACGCGGCCUCCCCCGGAGGCCCCGCCUACCAGCAUCGCACCCCGACACCCUCAGGCUGAGGGCGAGAGAGAGGCCAGCUUUAGAAAUAUUUUUCUACCCAAAGAGAGAGUUAGAGGCGUACGAAGCGGUGUGAGAGCUCUCCUCUCAGACCCGUGUAGAGCGAGGGUUGGUUUGGCGGCCUGCGCAUAGACGGAGGGGGGGGGUGGUAUGGGUCUUGUAAUAUAGCAGGAAUGUUUCUCUAUUUUGAUUUUUUUGAUUCUGUUUUUUUUUUUUUUUUCGGUUCUGCUCUGAAUGUUUUGUAGUUGUCCUUGGCUUCGUAGUGUUAAAGCUUCUCUCCUUCGUGCGCUUUUCGGUGCUCUUACAGUUAACACGUUCAAGGGGACUCUCUCUCUCUCUCUCUCUCUCUCUCUCUCCCCUGCCCCAUGUCCUGAUGUAGGAGUCCUCGACAAUUAACCUUGAGCAUCCUGGCUUUUGAUAAUUUACUUAUCGACUACCACUGCCUCUUCACUGAAACCUAUAUUCGCUUUUUUAACCAAUUAAUAUGAAAACUGCAAAACUGACCAAUCACGGCUCAUCUGCUCUGGCUGCCCAGCGCUAGCUUUGAGAGAGGGGGAAGGAGUGAUCCGUGUGCUCUCUCCUUUCAUCCCAGACUGCGGAAGGGCCCUGUGCCCUGAGUCUGGAAUGUCUUUUACUCUAUUAUGAGAGCUAAUCCACUAAUUAGCCAAUGACUCUCUGCUUUUGAGAAUGACCAAACAACAGCAUUAGGCAAGCGAGGGCUUUCUCUUCUCCAAUUGGCUAGGAGGUAACUGGGGGCGGGCUCUACGUGGUUUCUUCCUUAAACUCACAUGAGACAUGUGCUGCGUUUGGGUUAUUAAAGACUAAAGAUGCCAGUCUAAACACUAAUUUACUAAUUAAUAACUCAUUGUGUUGAAGAAACGGGACAAAUUUCAGCCAAACUGAAGAUUCUAAGUAACUGUACAUGUGGCUUUUAUAGUUAAGAAAUGAUCACUUUUAAGCUUUCAGUCAGCUUGGUCAGCUAUCUUACUUCAGGAACAACAGCAGUCUGCGUUGACUGUUUGACAAAUUAACAGAUAAAAAAGUAGCUACAUUUGGAACAUCAGAGUCUGCCCCUGUGAAUUCUCAACCCUUCCAGUUAAUCGAGUUCUGCAUAAACUGACCAAUCCCACAAAGGGGUGGAGUUGCGUUUCUGCUCCACUGCUAUUGGAUGGCUUCCCUGUCUGUCUGUAGACACUCAGACUCAAUCGCUCAAUCCUGUCACAUCAAUGGCUGUUGCAUGUACUUAUCAGAGGAAACACAUAUUGUAUAGAAAUGUAUAUAUAGAUAGUUAUGAUUUUAUUAGUAUUAUUUUCCUUCAUUAAUCAUACGAAAUAUACAUGAGCCUACAAUCUCAACCCACGUCUGUGUGGCACACGGGUUUCCUGCUCUGACGUGUGUCCCAGACUGACUGUAACUAACCUUAUUGAUAUGUGUAAUGCUAUAGUGUGAUGCCCUCAAUUGCAAUUAUCUCCCUAUUUCUUUUUUCUUUUUUAAACAACAAUUUUUUGUUUUCAGGACGAACAAAAAAAAAUUAAUGAAUAACUUUUGUGUUAGGCAUUGACAUGAUGAUUUUACUAACACUGUAAUGUGAAACCCAGUUAUGUAUGCUCCCCUGCAGAGACAUCCUCCCCUUCCCCCUUUACAAAAUAUAAAAAACGAACAAAAGAAAAAAAAAUGAAAAUGGCAAAAAAAAAAAAAGGUAUAUGUGGUGUAUAUAUGUAGUGUACGCUUGUUUAGUGGUGUAUGGUCCCACGGAGCUCUGCUCUGUGCUGAACCUUAUUGUACACCUGCUCAUCCUCUGUAAUGGUGUAGUAGUGACUUUUUUAUUUCAAUGGAUACUGUGGUAACGUGUUUUGUUUAUAAAUCACAAAUAAAGUUUUCUUUCUUAAAUAUCUUA